AUGCCGACGCAAAAUACUACCGCCACCGCCCCAAACCAGCGACGGUCUUUGCAACAUUGCACCGUCUACCUACAACGGCGACAGGCAUUGAUCGAGCUCACCGCCGCCAUGCACGGGUUCGGUUUCCCACACAACAAAGGUGAAGAGUUCGAAAAGGAUAUGGAGGCAGCUUUCGAUUCAAUAGAUGAUAUCGGCCAAACAAUCGCCUUAUUGGUUCAAGUGGAACAAGAUGGUUAUCGCAUUAAGGUCGAUGUGGAGAAGUUGCUGGAGCAGGUGCGAUGGGCGGAGGAGGCGCAGGGGUUGUGGAUGCGGGCUAUUAGGGAAACAACAUCCUUACUCUCCACAGCCUUCCCCUCUACCCCAAGCUCACCUACCGCCUACUUCAACGCCCCCACAACCUCAUUGCCGAAAUGGAUCCUCGAAACCUUCUUACCCUCAAGCAAUGGUCGCCAUAAGUUCCGCUCUGGCUCUCGGCGUAUGCGCUGCCAUCUGGUACUCAGAGUAUGCCUCGAACAGAAAUCUGUCGAAUAUGACGCGCGUGUGGAACUGUUCGAGCGUAGCCGAGCGACUAACGAUCUCUACAUCCACCUCCUCAAGCUGAAGACAGGACCAAUGUCUAGUCGCAAGGCAGGCAGGGGCACAUAUCUCGAAUGUGACCUUCUGGAGUUGGUUCAGAUGAUGGAGCUACUGGAUGAGAUCCUUCAGAAAGAGGGAGAGGUUGAGACCAAGUGGUGGUGGAGGCCCUUGAGACAUGUAAAUCCAAUAUGUAUCGAGGAGGAGCUGGCGCUUGUGAUUGAUAGGGCCAAGGCGCGUUGGGCAUAA